AUGGAAUUCCCUACGUCCUACACACGGCACCCAAACCCGCUGGUCAGAGACCCACCACCACCACCACAAAUGCCUGCGCACGGCCAAAGUUCCACAAGACCGUCCCGCCUACCAACGCAUGAGCGAAGCGUACAGGACCGUCGAAUGAACGCGGAUCAUCCACUCGUCGCAAAAUAUAUUGACGGCCUCGAAUGCGCUUAUAACACCGAGAUGGCCAAGUGCAAGGGGCCAUUCAACCAUCGGCUCCCACAGCCUCGUAGGGUCUCACAGCUUGGGAGAAUUGAAGAGGUCAACAGGUUGGUGGCGGCCGGCCGAACUCUCGAGCCACUCGAAUGCGAGUGCAUCCUAGCACUCGCCGCGUUGAAGCUGUUCUAUAAACAGCUACAUCCCGCUCACUUCGCUCUGUGGGGGCGAAGUGUCGAAGCCCGUACAGUCGCGCAGAUUCACAAGAUGCUUGCUCAAAAGCCACAAAUGAUAGACCCGCCGAUGUACUGGAUGGGAAAGACAGAAAUGCUGUGGCAUUUACACAGGCAUCAAGGUUGGACCUUUCCCAGGGUAAAGAAUUCAAACGAGGCAGGCUCAAGCAAGAAUACCCGUGAGAAGCGCAAAUGUACAGCCAAUGCGGUAUGCGCUGCACCGGUGGCGAACGACGACGUGCCCCAACGGAACCGUCCAAGAGUGGUCCGAGUCGCGGAGGCAGGCAGCUCGCCGAGGGUGGCGCCGUCUAUUGUCUACGAUACGCCUGUCGCCCCUCACGCAUCCACAUCGGCGCCGGAAACAAACAGGUAUAAUGGCCAUGUCAUGACGCCGUCGAUGGAGAAGUCGCGCGCUCUACCGACGCGCCGAUCAACGCGACAAGCCAACAAGCGUAACGCAUUGGCAACUGUACCUGGCUCCGCAACAGCCGCACCUCAGACGGCGGAUGUUGUGCUUACUCGUCCCACCGACACUGUUUUGCCGCGACCCACGAGGGAAUCGAAUUCGGCUGUGGUAGCGGCGCCUACAGACAAGAACGAGAUGCACAUGGUGACGCGCAGUGGCAAGCGGAAGGCUUCUGGGAUUGAAAAGGAGAACGGACCCAUAGAGGGGACGGCACACCCAUCGAAAAGAAGGCGGCGGACAUGACGAAGAGCAGGGCAUAGUGAAGACUACCAUGCUACGAGUCCACGAUGGAGUUGUCCAGGUCAUGGCCACGACUUGUCUUCAGAAUCGCAAUAUUAUUAUUAUUAUUUAUAUCAUCAUUUCUGUAACCGUACCGCUACUGAGCAGUGGUACAUCCACCUGCAAUGCAAUCGCCUUGCUUUGUGUC